UGUUGCUUUUUUUCCUUCCCCCCAAAUCGCUACAAUUGCGCCUUGUAUGUUUCCCUCGGAUGUGAGCAGCCCAGCCGCGCGCCCGCCCGCCUCCUGCGCCCGAUCCUCCGGCUGCUCCCCUCCCGCGCCCACCCCGGGACCCCCCAGCCCGGCCCUGGAGCCCCGAUCGGGCCCUUCUCCCGCCCACAGCCCCCCCAGUAGCCGAGGGCCAUGGCCGAAUGGGCCCCUGCCCAGAUCCAGGAAUGGAAUGUGGAAGCUCAGCAUCUGAUGCCGCUCCAGCCCCCCCUCGUCCCCGAGCUUAGCCACAUGCGGGAAGCUCAGCUUCACACGGCGGAGGCGUCCCUGUGGAGCGUCGUGGCCACGGUCCAGGCCAUGGAGAGGAAGAUAGACCUGUUGGCCACCCGCCUGCUCAGCCUGGAGGGCCGGUCUGGGACAGCCGAGAAGAAGCUGCUGGACUGCGAGAAGACGGCCAUGGAGUUUGGGAACCAGCUGGAGAGCAAGUGGGCCGUGCUGGGGACCCUCAUCCAGGAGUACGGGCUGCUGCAGAGGAGGCUGGAGAACGUGGAGAACCUGCUCAAGAACCGCAACUUCUGGGUCCUGAGACUCCCGCCGGGGGCUAAGGGAGAAAUCCCCAAGAUGCCGGUGACGUUUGUCGACAUUGCCGUGUAUUUUUCUGCCGAGGAGUGGAAGAACUUGGCCGAGUGGCAGAAGGACCUGUACAACAAUCUCGUGAAGGAGAACUACGAGUCUUUGCUCACCCUAGGAGCGGAGGGUAACCUUUCCAAGCCGGAGGCUCAUCCCAGGAUUGAACGCGGGGCAGAGCCAUGCAUUCCAGAGCAGCAUAGCACAAAGGAGAGGGAGAUCUCCGCGGAUCCUUGCACAGAACCCUUGAUUUGCACGCCGGACGUCCUGAGCCGCAUCAAGCAAGAGGAGCCCUUUGCAGGGGGAGGCCAGUUCACAGAGGAAAGAGGGAUGCCAACAGAUCCUUGUUCAGGUGCCGAGGGCCUCAUGUCUGCCCAUGACUUCUUAUCGUGGAUUAAGCAAGAGGAACCGUGCGUCAGGGAGCAUUGGGAGUCGGCAGAGAGAGACAUCCUUACGGGCCCCGGCGCAGCUGGCGACGCGAUGGCCGUCAAAGCCGAGACCCAGCGCUCGUGCCCGGAAGAACCGGCGCGGACCAGGGAUUCCAUGUUCCACGGGGAGGCCCCCGGAGUUGCCGGGGCGGCGGCGAUGGAAACCUACGUGGGCCCAGCCGGCCCGGUCGCGCCGCCCCUGAGCCCCGCCAGGAGCCGACCGGGUAAAUCCAUUGAGUUAGAGAGCGAGUUGCAAGGCCUCUUUGCCCCCCAGGCGCCGGCCGAGCGCCCCCACGGCUGCAGCGAGUGCGGGAAGAUGUUUGGGGUGAAGAAGAGCCUUAAGGUGCACCAGCGGAGCCACCACAGCCAGGAGCGGCCCUACGAGUGCGCCGAGUGCCGCAAGAGCUUCAACUGCCACUCGGGCCUGGUGCGCCACCAGAUGACGCACCGCGGGGAGCGGCCCUACAAGUGCGAGGAGUGCGGCAAGUGCUACAGCCGCAAGGAGCACCUGCAGAACCACCAGCGGCUGCACACGGGCGAGAGGCCCUUCCAGUGCCCCGUCUGCGGCAAGCGGUUCAUCCGCAAGCAGAACCUGCUCAAGCACCAGCGCAUCCACACCGGGGAGAGGCCCUACCAGUGCGCCGAGUGCGGGAGGAGCUUCCGCUACAAGGAGUCCCUCAAGGACCACCUGAGGACUCACAGCGCCGAGCCCCCCGCCCAGAGGCUGCUGCCCUCCCUGGGCGGGGAGCCUCUCCCGUAAGGCCCGGCGGGGGUGAGGAGGAACAGCUCUCUCUCGCACUCCUUCUCCCCCCCGCAAAAAAAGCUCCUCCCCUCAGCCUCCUUCCCCUCCAGUGCCUCCUGAUUCUGCCCGGCGCGGGGGGCAUAGCCGCUGCAAAGACCGCUGGACGGUGGGAGCGAAACGAGGCCGGCUUGGUUCUGCGAAUGCCACAGAUGGGCAGCCCCAUCUUGUUCCCCAAAUACACACCGCCCAAAGGGAGGCGGUUUGCUCCCGAAUCGGCCUUUGUGGAACAAAAAAACGAGCGGAACCGACAAGGGACGCCGCGGUCGGCGCCGUCUGCCGCAGGCCGGAACCGCUAGACUUCCCGGAGACGGACGCUGAGGAUCUGACGGUUUCGCUUAGGGAUGUUUCUAGCCCUCGUUGAGGAGAGGGUUGCAGGAGCGUGGCGGCAGCUUCCGCAUGUGUGUUCUAAAGGCUCAGAAACCAAAUUCCAAAACCCAAACCCAGCUCACUACCCUCCAUGUCUCAAAUUGGGUUUUUCCUCUCCCCCCCCCACCCAUCUGGAAGGAAUGAUUGCAAUUCUAGCAGGACGUUAGCCUUGAGCAGAAGCCCCCGGAAUGGACCCUUUUUGGCUAAAACGUGGCUUCUCGUAUGUACAAAUAAGGACGUUGUUUCUUUCUCCUGGGCGGCCAGAUUGCGCUGCUCCUCUUGCCCUCCACGGGACUUAUUUGAGCCUCUAGCCUCCUGCUUUUCUUUUCUUUUCUCUUCUCCCCUCAGGGCCUGCUUCUGUUCACAAGCCUCUGAACAGUUUCACUGCAAAGCACCUUUUCCAGGUCUCACCCCCCCCACCGAACCCCAACCCCCGCAUUUCUUUAUCCCACCGCAAGUAUAUUUAUUCGUUCUCGUCCCUCUUUCCUCCCAUGCCAUUGCUUUUAUUUUAAAAAAGAAAUUCCUUUUAUCUCAUGACGGCGCAGUCCAACUCUGUUUUAAAAAUAAACGUUAAAAAAGAGAAUUAUUUCUGGUUGCAGUUUUUAUUCAUAGGAUCAUAGAACUGUGUUGUUUAGUCGUUUAGUCGUGCCCGACUCUUCGUGACCCCCAUGGACCAUAGCACGCCAGGCACUCCUGUCUUCCACUGCCUCCUGCAGUUUGGUCAGACUCAUGUUGGUAGCUUCGAGAACACUGUCCAACCAUCUCGUCCUCUGCCGUCCCCUUCUCCUUGUGCCCUCCAUAUUUCCCAACAUCAGGGUCUUUUCCAGGGAGUCUUCUCAUCUCAUGAGGUGGCCAAAGUAUUGGAGCCUCAGCUUCAGGAUCUGUCCUUCCAGUGAGCACUCAGGGCUGAUUUCCUUCAGAAUGGAUAGGUUUGAUCUUC